GAGCCGAGCUGUGUUUCACCACGUCCUAAACUGCGGAGCUCCUGAACUGGACUCCCAACCUCGUAAGAUCAAGCUGCUGGCAGUAUUAUCUCCCAGUCGUAGAUUCCUAGCCUUGUCGCCGAUCAGUACAGCCUACAACCCCAGUAGGCACUACUUUCUGAGGUUGAACAAAAACGAUGGCCGCAUUCACGACAACGGCGCCCCUUCGUCGAAUAAGCGCAUCCAUCCUCGUUCUGUCACUCCUCGCGACAGCAAGCGCCGGCAAAGUGCUCUACUCGCUCACACGGUUCGAGCAGACGGGCAACGCCAUCUGUCUCAAGGCGAGCGACGAUAACGCGGCGGCCGCCACCCAGACGGGUGCCUUCGACCUAAACUACGCUGACGUCAUGUUCGCUGGCGUCAACCCGGGCUCCUCCAUCAGGAACGGCAACGGCAUCUGCUAUAACUCCGCGCUGCCCUGGAGCCCCGCGUUUCUGGACAUGCAAUACUACGUGAACGUCACUUCCUUCGGCCGCACCUACGUGGCGUCGCUCCCCACGCGCGUGCUGCCCGCCGUCGUCGCGCAGGCGUCCUUCAACGUGAGCGUCUGGUGGAACCGCGUGCUCGGCGCCGACCAGGGGGGGGACGGCGGAGGCUCGGACGGCGGAGGUUCGGACGGCGCUACCGUUGCUAGCAGUGGUGCGGCGGAUGUGGGGGGUGCCGGGAGCUUUAACAGCGCCCAGCGGCAGCAGCAGCAGCAGGAGCAGGGAGGGGGAGCGGCGGAUGUGGUGGUGCUGAGUGCAGUGAAUAAAGCGUCCAAGCCUCUGGAGGUGCUGGGCGCGCCCACCGUUGUGUUGCUGGACUCUGCCGACUCCCCCAAGCGGCCCACCACAGAGACCGUCUCGGCUCCAGCAGUGGCAUACACUCUCCAGUACGCCACAUUCGACAUCGCCCUGCGCUAUGUGCUCCCCAAGUACCUCACGCCCUCCUACGCCUCCAACGGCCAGCUGUCCCUUGCGCCCAAAGCCGUGCAGCCGGGCCCCACAGGCGCCGCAGCCAUUCUGUUCACGUCAGAGAGAGACCCCGUGUACAUGGGCGGAGUCACGUGGACCACCACGUAUCUGGUGCACCGUCCCGACCCAUCCCCCACGUCUGUUGGCUUCCAGUUCGUGCUCUUCGAGGCGUCCUUCUACCAGCCCCCACCCUCGUCAAACUCCUCCUCAUCCUCCUCAUCCACCUCCUCCUCCUCUGCUUCUGCUGCCGCCGCAACACCGAGCCCCAUGGCCCGGCGAUUGCUGCUAGCGCAGGCAGCGGCAGCUUUGGAUUGCAAUGGGUCGACUUGCCCUGGGAGGAGCGACUCUGCGCGGUCCGGCGCUGCUGCCUUCGUAUGCCGCCCGCGCUACCCGUGCCCCUUGGGCUGCACGCCCGGCAAGAGCAGCUACCCAAACUGCUGCCUCGCGUGCUCUGCUUCUUGAGACUGCAGAGGGAGGUGCGGGUGCGGAGGGUUGUCAGCUGGCUAACCAACCAACCCCAGGCUUGCGCACCUCGGCAGUCGUCGUCUCCUCAGCUGCACUUGUACAACCCUCCACUUCUCGAAGAUUCUUUCAUUGAUAUAGGUUAUAGCCUAUGGGCAUCUCCACUUCCGAGCUGGGGGGGUGGCCAUUGACGCUUGGUACUCGGAGCUGCCUCUGCGGCCUUUGCUGGGUGCUGAUCUGACAUGCGUCACUGCUGUAAGUUGUCCAUCUCAGUCAGCAGCAGGGUGAUGGCUGAACAAGGGGCUCCAAUAACCCUCUGCUGCUGUUUUACUCAAAUCAAUCUGCAGCUCAAGAUGUCAUGGUUUGCAAAUCGCUGCUGCUCCCUGCCAUUCACCAGGGUGCUUACCCAUCGCCACCCACCCAUUGUAACCCCUAUCAACAUUUAUGCUCACUGGUCAAUCAAGGGCCAUUAUUUGA